ACGAACACAACUUGCCACAAAAACGGCGACAGCUGUGUGUAUCUUCUAUGCCAGUACUCUAGAUGAACAUGAAGACUAUAGCGGUGCUUUGUUUCAUGAUUCUGUUUGAGUUAGUGGUAGUGACCCCAAGUGGCCCGUGCGGCUGCAAACCGGUCUUCGAAUAUUGCGCCAACGACUACACCACGUACCACAGCAUCUGCGAGUACAAGUGCAAACAUCCCUCCACCCCGUUCCAUGACUGGUAUAUUCUGUACAACGGGCCUUGCAUUUCUACCUCGGAGACUACAACUCAUGCGAGUAUUACUACAACGACACGCACGAGUAAGACUACAACUGAACCAUAUAAGUAUGAGGAGAUGACUGAGAGUGCUAAUAUGAAUGGUGGAUAAUAGUUACCCGUAUUUUUGUUGCGAAACAGUAACGUAGGUCACUCUAAUGAUUAUGAGAAAAUUAAAUAAACUAUUCA